AUUCUACACAUCGCUGAACCCACAAUAAAAUGAGUUACAGCGAUGCUCCCGAUGCUCCUACGGGUAAGAGACGGAGAAUCUCGCUCGCAUGCAGUGCUUGCAGAACCAGGAAAUCACGUUGUGAUGGAAGUAGGCCGAAAUGUUCGAGCUGCGAGGAACUGGGCUUUGACUGUAUCUACAUCAACCCUGCGUCUGGCUCAAAUGUCAUUAUUGGGAAGGAGUAUCUGUCUGGCCUAGAACAUCGUCUGAAGAUCGUUGAGCAAGAUAUCAGAACUCUCAGAGCCCAACAAGACAAUCCUCGGCAGCAUGCAAGAUUCGAAGACAACUUUGAAGAUGAACCACGUGGACAAAGCGCUGCGUCUCCUUCGCAUACGAGAACUUUGCAGUCCGAGGAAGUUGAAGUGAAUAGAGACGAACUCCAAGAUUCAUUCGACAAUGAGAAUGAUGCCGACGGGAUGGGAGCGAUGGUAUUUAGUGCUGAAGAAGAUUGUGGAUUCUUUGGACCAUCUUCAAAUAUUGCGUUCAUGCGCCACGUAUCGCGCGCAAUGGCUCGUACAAACCGAUCAAUGUUUGCUACUGGAGACAGCUUCAGCCCUAACAUACCUCUCGACAGUGCAGUUAUUAGUAUCUCCCAGCCCGCAUCCCCAUCAGCCAGAGCCUCUGCGACAAUGCAAUCUUCCAAUGCCGCAAAUCGAAGCAACGUAAACAUACAUGCUCUUCCACCAGAGGCCACAAUACGAAGCCUGAUUGAACGGUAUUUUGGAGACACCGGCCUUCUUUUCCCUUACAUUCAUGAGCAAGCGUUUCUAGAUACUUACAACGAGAUUAAAGCAAAUGACUUUACAAAGAUCAGGAGGACGUGGCUAGGACUUUUGAACAUGAUCAUGGCAAUGGCAACCAGUACCACGGUUGAGAACGGCCUGAGUGCGGACAAGCGAGCUCAGGCUUCAGAUAUAUAUUAUCUGCGAGCGGCUGGAUUGUGUGAAAAACAAAUCAUGCGUGGAACAAGUCUUGAGAUUGUCCAAUAUCUACUUUUGACAAGUCAAUACCUGCAAGGUACACAGCGAUCGGUAGAAGCAUGGACUGUGCAUGGCCUUGCAGUGAAAGGUGCCCUUCAACUCGGACUCCACUCCACUGCUGCUGCUAGUCGCUUCUCCUCCUUGGAUCAAGAAUUCCGGAAGCGGACCUGGUUUGGUUGUGUGGUGCUUGAUCGCACGCUCAGCAUGACUUUUGGUAGACCGGCUACUAUUCCAGACGAUUAUAUCAGAAUUCCGCUUCCCCGAAGUCUCUUGAGAGUGGGAAAUAGUGAAGAAUACGAUGCGAAUGAUCAUGAGAGAGAAGUCAGUGUAGAUUUCUUCAAUGCUACCAUAACUCUCUACAAGAUCAUGUGGAAUGUGAUUAACGAGCUUUACGGUGGCAACAUCGGGUGUGGCACCCCGACCACUGUUUUGAACACUGUCUCGCAGUUGUUCUCCAUAGAACAGCAACUUGGUGAAUGGCAACUUCUGCUGCCUCCGUCCCUAGGUUUAUGCAAUGUCAACGACCUUUUUCAACCACCCGACCUAGCCAACUCAAUUCCGUCGCCUAUCGACCGUUUUCAAGUUAUUCUCAAGCUUCGCUACUGCAACCUUCGCACCCUCCUUCAUCGUCCCAUCUUGGUCAAGUUCCUCGAUAUUAUAGGUAAAGCAUCGCCUAAUUCCGAUGCCGGGGAGGUAAAUCUUCUUCAGCAAAUCGGCAGUAACAGCAUCCAGAUCUGUGUGCAGUCAUCCAUGGACAUUGUUGCUAUUGUCCGAGCGAUGGUCACGGGAAGCGGUGCUCAUAGAUCCCGACUGGGAGCAUGGUGGUUUAGCUUGUACUAUACAUUCAAUGCUGCGCUGGUCAUCUUUGCCUCAUUUCUCAUUCUCAGAGACCGGAGCGCUAAUGGAGCGAUCCGCUUACCGUUGGCGGUGUCAGAGCUUGACCUCCAGCGUUCCCUAAUUGAUGCAGCGUUAGCGCUGCGUCAGUUGGAUUGCAAAAAUAGGAUGGUGGAUAGAUGUGCUGUGUAUCUAGAACAACUCGCGAGUGUAUCAGAAACACUCAGUACCUCGUCAGGCUUCGAUAAUCGAGCAUUGCCAAACACAUACAACGAGCCAUCAGCGACUAACGUUCCUUCGCUGUAUCCGAAUGGUCAGAUGUUUGGAUCCAUGAUGAUGAAUGCUUCCCCGUUGGGAAUGGAUCUCGGCGAAUUUUUGCUUGAAGGGGAUCUUGAGUUCUUGAAUCAUAUCACAAGUACCCAGCAGGCGCAAAUAAUCAAUAGGUCCUAAUUGAACAAUAU